AUGGAUUUCCGUAGUCAUCGCACUGAGAUAAUGGCAGAGGAGGAUGCAGCUCAGGCUAAGUUCUUUCAUAGAAGGGUUAUGAACCCGAUAGCUACCCUGCGUGAGUUUUUACUUUAUUUGGUUUUCCUUUUGGAUCUAUCUAUAUUAACCUUUGGAAUGGUCAAUACCAAUAUGUUUUUCUUCACCAAAGCUAUGUCUGUACUCUUCCUGGAAACGAAAUCCUUCAUCAAUGGCAUAAACUUCAGAACAAUAAACAGUAUCGAGAACUUCUGGGAGUAUGUAGAGGGGCCACUCCUGGACAGUCUUUACUGGAAAGAAUGGUACAAUGGCCAGCCUUUGUAUCAAGGCGAGAACUAUAUAUACUAUGAGAAUAUCCUUUUAGGACACCCUCAAAUUCGACAGAUAAGAGUGCGCAACAAUAGUUGUUCUAUUCAUGAAUAUUUUCAGAAGAUGUUUAAAGAUUGUUAUGAUGCUUAUACAUUUGCAACUGAGGAUCAGUCACCAUUUGGCCCCAGAAGUGGACCUGAAUGGGAAUAUCAUGUUCCUAAUAAUGAGUUUGAGCUGUGGCAUUGGGGUAGACUUGGUACAUAUGGCAAUGGAGGAUACAUUUUUGAAUUAACAAGGGAUAAAGUUGCCACUGCUGGGAAGAUUAAACAACUUAAAUCAAAACUUUGGCUUGACAGUGGGAGCAGAGCUGUCUUUAUAGAUUUUACUGUCUACAACGCAAAUGUCAACUUGUUUACUGCAAUCAGAUUGCUGGUGGAAUUUCCGGCAACUGGUGGAGCCAUCCCUUCCUCUGAGUUUUUCACAGUCAAACUGCUACGAUAUGUUUCAAACUUCGACUAUUUUCUAGCUGCUUGUGAAAUUAUCUUUUGUAUCUUUAUCUGCAACUAUCUGACCCAAGAAAUCAUAGAGCUUCACUCUUACAGGAUGGCAUACUUCAAGAAUUUUUGGAAUUGUUUGGAUUUUUUAAUUGUGCUGUUUUCUUUACUAGCCAUUUUUUACAACAUCUUUCGUACAAUAAAAGUAAGCUUACUACUUGAGCAAUUUCUGGAAAAUUCCAACUCCUACCAGAACCUCUACUUUUUGGCUUACUGGCAGAACCGAUAUAAUGUCAUAAUUGCAUUUACUGUUUUCAUUGCAUGGAUAAAGAUUUUCAAAUAUAUUAGCUUCAAUAUGACUAUGACUCAACUGUCGACAACACUGUCUCGCUGUGCCAAAGGAAUAGUUGGAUUUGCCAUAAUGUUUUUUAUUGUAUUUUUUGGAUAUGCUCAGUUAGGCUACCUUAUCUUUGGCACUCAAGUGGAAAGCUAUCACACUUUUGGCAACUGCAUUUUUACACAGUUUAGGAUUAUUCUCGGAGAUUUUGAUUUUCACGAAAUUGAAGAUGCAAACCAAAUUCUCGGACCUGUUUACUUCAUCACGUUCGUAUUCUGUUUGUUCUUUGUACUGUUGAAUGUGUUCUUGGCUAUCAUUAAUGACACGUAUUCUGAAGUCAAGGAUGACAAAACAUUAAAAGAAGUAGAUUUUGACAUUUAUGAUGUGUUCAGAAAGGGCUAUCGUAGCUUCCUUGUGAGACUCAAUUUGAAAAAAACAUCAUCCCCUGCCUACCGGUCAGCUGCCUACAAGGGUGACGAGGAAACUCAGAAAGCUCCAGAGGAUGAUUUUGAAAAGGAUGAAGAGGAUGAACUUACAGAAUCUAAAUUGAGAAUACUGCAUCGACAAAAUAUUGCAAAUAAAUAUUAUUAUACUGAUUCUGCAAAAGAACCCAUUGCCCGACCCAAACCUGUGAAGAAUUCAAAUCAACAGGUUUCUGCUAAAGACUACCAAUUCCUGUUGCUGCGUACAGGUCACCUGGAGGAGAGAAUGAAUGAAAUGAAUUCUAAAAUACUUUGGAUUAUGGACCAGCUUGAGAAACAACAAGCUUUGCAGAACAGAAAAUCAAUUACAUCGAUACCAGAGGACUGAAUUAGAAGAAGACAUUUUGAAGAAAUGGAAGAAAAAUUUAGAAGAAAUGUAGUAUCAUAACUGAAUGCUUAACUCAACAAGAAAAAUGAAAGGACUGCUUUGAAUGAAAAUACUAUAACUGCAAGGGUCCUACUUUUGGAAGCACUGGAUUAGCCAUUUGAGAACAGCCAUUAGUAACAAACCCGAUUUAAUGAAUGUCUUAAUACAUUUAG